UGGCGAGUGACCUCCCUGUCUUGAUCUUGACCCACGCAGCGGUUUUUGUCCUAUUUCCUCACCAUUUCCUCUGGAGGGGGAGUGGGUGAGCGGCUGGGUGGGCGUCAGGCUGCUGCCCCAGGGUAACAUGGGGCUGGUCUGCAAGCCUCCAGCGCGUGGGAUGCUGGUCUGGGACUGGGAGCUGGUGGCCGUGCUGGGGACGCCAGGUCUGUCCCCUCUGCUCCCUGCUCCACCGCCCCUUGCUGCGGCUCAGCGUUGCCCAAGGGCUCGGCGGCUGAUCCUGCCCCGGGGUUUUGCUGCUUUGUCCCUUCCAGAUGUCUCCUCGCUGGACACGGUCCUUGAGCUCCCGAAAGACACUUUCAACUGCAUCAGCCGCUGCCGUCCCGGCGCGCUCUACAGCCAGCUCUGCCAGCUCCUGGCUCUGGCCACGGGGAACCAGGACCCCCUCCUCACCGCGUACCUGCUCUCCGAGUCGGUCUCUGUCGUCACUCACCAUCAGCUGCUCAGCAUCGCCCACAGGAAGAUUCGGCGAAAGAAGUCAGCGGGGGACGUGGCCGAGCAGCUCCGGGGGCUCUCCUUGCAGGAGGGGAGCGCUGCCCAGCACAGCCGCCCCCUCGCCGAGCUCCAGAGCCUUUUCAUGUUCAGCUCCACAGGGCUGGGGUCUGAGGAGCGGGACAGCUUCUGGACGCAGCUGCAGCAGAUGCCCAGCGACGCGACCAGCUUGAGCUUUGAGCUGCCCUGCUCAGCACAUCGGCACGGCAUUAUCAGAGCCCGGAGCGGCGCACCCUCCGGCCCGCCCUCCCCCGCCUGUCGCUGA